AGGCAACGUCGUAGGAGCUGCUAAGAUGGGCAUGAGGAUCAAGCUGCAAAGCACCAACCACCCCAACAACCUGCUGAAGGAGCUCAACAAGUGCCGGCUCUCGGAGACCAUGUGCGAUGUCACCAUUGUGGUGGGGAGCCGCUCCUUCCCAGCCCACAAGGCUGUGCUGGCCUGUGCAGCGGGCUACUUCCAGAACCUCUUCCUGAACACGGGGCUUGAUGCCGCCCGGACGUACGUGGUGGACUUCAUCACUCCAGCCAACUUUGAGAAGAUUCUGAGCUUUGUCUACACGUCAGAGCUCUUUACAGACCUGAUCAAUGUUGGGGUCAUCUACGAAGUGGCCGAGCGUCUGGGCAUGGAAGACCUCCUCCGGGCCUGUCACUCCACCUUCCCUGACCUGGAGAGCACCACGGGGGCCAAGCCCCUGACCAGCACCCGCGAGAGCCACGCGGGUACCCUGAGUUGUACCUCCACAGACCCCCCAUGCCCCCUUGGAGAACUCCGAGGUGGCGGGGAGCCCUUGGGUCCUGAUAGAACCUAUGUGCCGUCCAGUGAUGCUGGAGCAAGCUACAAAGAGGAGGAGAAAACUGUUGCCAGUGACGCUAACCAUGGCCUGCCUCUGCCUCCGCUGCCGCCGCCGCCACCACCAAAGACAGAAGACCGCGUCGAGGUCCCUGCUCCCUUCGCGUCCGCCCCCAGCACAGUGACCCAGCUGGGCCUGGGCACUGUCAGCAUGGGCAUCCAGACCAGCCUGAGCUCCUGCCCGCCGUACAAAGUUCAGAGCAACGGAGACUUCAGUAAAAACAGCGUCUUCGCUGCUGACAGCGCAGUCGACGUGAGCACGGGGAGCAGCUCCUGCGUGAGCAGCAGCGAGCCGGGCAAAGAGCCGCGCUGUGGGCAGAUGGCGGGGUUCCAGCUGGAGGACCUGGGGGACGAUGACUUGCAGUUGGAAGACGCCAGCGAGGAGAUGGGCACCGCCGAGGAGGUGAUCGAGCUGAGUGACGACAGUGAGGACGAACUGGCCUUUGGUGAGAGCGAGAGCCGAGAGAACAAGGCCAUGCCCUGCCAAGUGUGCAAGAAAGUGCUGGAGCCCAACGUCCAGCUGAUCCGGCAGCAUGCUCGCGACCACGUGGACCUGCUGACGGGCAACUGCAAGGUGUGUGAGACCCACUUCCAGGACCGAAACUCCCGGGUGACCCACGUCCUGUCCCACAUUGGUAUUUUCCUCUUCUCCUGUGACAUGUGUGAAACCAAGUUCUUUACCCAGUGGCAGCUGACCCUCCACCGACAGGAUGGCAUCUUUGAGAACAACAUCAUUGUCCACCCCAAUGACCCACUCCCCGGAAAGCUGGGCCUCUUUGCAGGGGCGGCCUCCCCAGACUUGAAAUGUGCUGCCUGCGGGAGGGGAUUGGCCAAGGAUUUCCACGUGGUCCGGGGCCACAUCCUCGACCACCUAAACUUGAAGGGUCAGGCUUGCAGCGUCUGCGACCAGCGUCACCUCAACCUCUGCAGCCUCAUGUGGCACACGCUCGCCCACCUCGGCAUUUCGGUCUUCUCCUGCUCCGUCUGUGCUAAUAGCUUUGUGGACUGGCAUCUCCUGGAGAAGCACAUGGCCGUCCACCAAAGCCUGGAAGACGCCCUCUUCCGCUGCCAGCGGUGCAGCCAGAGCUUCAAGUCGGAGGCGGCCUACCGCUAUCAUGCCGGCCAGCACAAAUGUACCAGUGGCCUGGACCUGCGGCCUGGCCUGGGCCUGCAGCACCCAGCUCUCCAGAAGCGGAAGCUGCCAGCAGAGGAGUUCCUGAAUGAGGAGCUAGCUCUGCCGGGCCAACCCGGCAAUAGCAAGUACAGCUGCAAGGUCUGUGGCAAGAGGUUUGCCCACACCAGCGAGUUCAACUACCACCGGCGGAUCCAUACGGGCGAGAAGCCCUACCAGUGUAAGGUGUGCCACAAGUUCUUCCGAGGCCGCUCGACCAUCAAGUGCCACCUGAAGACGCACUCCGGGGCCCUCAUGUACCGCUGCACCGUCUGUGGUCAUUACAGCUCCACCCUCAACCUCAUGAGCAAGCACGUCGGCGUGCACAAAGGCAGCCUCCCCCCGGACUUCACCAUCGAGCAGACCUUCAUGUACAUUAUCCAUUCCAAAGAGGCAGAGAAGAGCCCGGACAGCUGACUGGGUCCCGGCAGAGCCAGGGGAGCCCCCGGUGGGGGCAGCCGGGACACUGAUUUCCCGAUGGCUCCUGGUCCCUUCUCGGCUGAACUUACAAUUUUGCCUUGCUAGGAAUCCUGUUCGGUGGUGUGUCUGAAGAAGAAACACGAAGAAAGAGCACAUGAGCUGAGUUACUAUCUUCGAGAAGCAAUGACCCUACCGCGCUUACCUCCAUUACCAGUUCUGGCCCGCCAAGGGCUGUGUGUUUGGUUCCACUGAGGCGGGUUCUGGGAUCCAAUCAAGCAGUUGGUGGCAGCUAGAUCCCAUUCUCUGGCCUCUCUUAAGUUUUCGUUUACCCGAUAGGUUUUAUGCUGCUAAGAAUCCAGCCACAGCCUCAUGGACGAGAGAGGUGGAGGGAGGUUUUCUCUGUAGGUAUCUCCGCCAGACCUCCGGCCAGGACCACGGAUCAUGCGAAAGCUCUUGGAAAUGGAAUUUUCUAGAAAAGACCAGUCAGCAGGGUGGUCCUCAGCAGGGGAAAGGUGUCAGAUGAAGGUGUCUGCCCAUCCUGCGGCCCUGAUGUGCUGAUUGGACAGUGAGAAGAUCUUUUGGCAGCUGGAUCCACAAGGGGGACAAAGCUUCCCACGGAGAGGAAGGGGCCAGUCCUCACCAGCCAGGGGGGCUCUUCUGCAGUGCCACCGGCAGUGGCAGCAUCGGAGGACCCGAAGGGAGCUGGCACUCUUCUCAUUUCCAAAGAAAGAUGAUUUUAUAGUGUUGGCCCAGGAGGUCAGACCUUCCCCAUGGGGUGAGGUGGGCAGCGAGCUACUCUGACACAGUCAUUUGUCAUUUUGGCCACCUCUGUUGACCUUGAGUUCCCUGGUGGGCAGGUGGGGGUGUCUGGGAGCAGCAGCCUUGCCUUAAUCUACUCUACAUCCAGCCCCCCGCCCAGGCAGGCCUGUGCCUGGUCCCUGGUAGAAGUGAGAAGGCCCCUUGGGAUGGCGCGGUGGACUCCGUGAGCUCUGAGUCACUGGCAGUGGUGUGUAGCGGAGUGUGAGUCUUGACUGUCUGAAUCCGGUGACACUGUUGUUUACUUUGUGCUAACAGGGCCCGAGCUUUGGCAGCUCCCAUUUGACCUGCUGGAAUUGAGCCUGAUCUGUCAGUGCAUCACAUCCAGGGGGAGCUGUCUGAGGCGGCUGGUUCUGGUCCCCCCUUGGUGGGUGGAGGACCGGGCUAGGCGGUUUCCUGUGGGGCUGGUUGACUCUACUUCGAUGAUAUGAAAGGGGUCUUGCUCAAAGAAGGCUUAGGGGACUUUGCGUAUUCACAAGGUGGCACCUCAGUACCUCACUACCUCACCCUGCUCACAUGAGCUCUGGGAGUCCCUGGCCUCCACCCCGAUGCUGCCCCAGUUGGUUGGGCGUCAGCAGCACCAGGCUGUUUUCACAAGCAAGAGGCUGUCACGGAACUCACAGAGCCUUUCUGAACACGAAUAUUUAUUUAUUUUUGUUUUCGUAUGCAGAAUUCCCAGCAUCUUUUUGAGAGACCCGAUUUUUAGGAAAAUGAGUUUCUCCCCGACAAGUAGCCAUAUUCCAGGCAGGUACGCUGUGCAGCGAUUUGGGGGCCAGGAGUCAUGCAAGACCUGGAAGGGAGACCAUGUCAAGCCUUUUCAACAAGCAAAUUCUUUCCCGAUGGUCUUUAGCGGAGUAAACCUAGGGAACACGGUAGGCAGUGGACAAGGGGGUCCAAAAAGUUGGGACCAAGGGCAGGGGUCCCGUUAGAGUCACACAGGUCUUUCAUCCCCCCAUUCCCAGCCCUGUGAAGGAGUAGACCAGGGAUGGAGCUGAGGGGAGCGUGUCUCGUUAAGAACUGAUCUGGACUCCCCUUGAGACAUUUCGUCAGGACAGCAGUGGUGGGCAUGUUGACCGGCUUCCCUCUACUGGCUCUUGGGAAUCUUAAGACGACAAAUGCAUGACAGAUUGCAGUUGUGCACCCGCGAGCUUCUGCAAGCCCGGAUGAUCCUCCUCGGCUAUGGGGUGAAGGCAAGAGUUUAGCCUGGCUGGGUUCGAGAGAGGUGAUACUUACCGGCAAAAUAUGCUGGAGAAAUCUUUUUCUUUAACAGAGGCAUCUUGGAUGCUGGGUACUCUGUAUACUUAGCCUGAAACUGUGAAGUUUUCCCUUUAGUCGGUAAACCAAAAAGCAAGUCCUCGAAACACUACAGACUGGGUCCCCUGGCCCCCUGGUCCCCUGUAGGAUAAGGGGUUGAUCAGCUGUUCCCAGUCAGACAUGUAGCAGGAUCAGGAGCCCACAAAGCUCAGUGACCAAACGCUGCCCCUCUGCUCCUCAUCGUCACCCCUGGAUGCCCCCUGGGAGUCACUUUGACGCCCCCCCUGCCUCUAGCGCCCCUCUUCCCAACUGUCUUACUUGAAACAUUGUGGUGGCAGAGGGCACGCUAGGGUACUUGGUGGAAGGUAAACGUUUGCUUUAUUGUGAGUGCUUUUCCAGCCUCUGUCCAUUGGGGUGUACCCCUUGGCUCCUGGAGGGGAGUUCGGCACUGGCUCGUGCGGUUGGGCCUGGGGCUUCCCUUUGACCCUCCCAAGUCCUUUCUCUGCCCUUCCCCUUUCUCUUGUUCUGUACUCAAGGCUGGCUGCGUCACUGGCAGAGCCCCUUGUGCAAAAGCAAUUAAGAACCUCAAGAUGGAGACUGUAGAGCAUGAAACCAAAUGUGAGGCCUGCCCGCUUGUUUCCUGAGGGCCAGGGGUAGUUCGUGUGGCGCUCUGGGGUAACUAGUGGAGGCUGUGGGUGGCCAAGAGAAGGGGAUUAGUAUCCCAGCAUUCCUUCCACUCAGUCACUGCUCACUGGUGCCAAACUGGAAGCUCUGCUACCCCCUAAUACUUGGUCCUAAGUUUUAAGACCCUUGGAGUCUCUGCAGAUCAUGGCUAGUUGGGAAGAAAAAAGGUGGAUGUUGGGCCCAGGGGUCCUAAGAACAAGGCAAUGGGUAAGAAAGAGUUCUUGCUGGCUCUGUUUCUGAUUAGCGCCACCUUGUCCCCAGGACAAGCCUUGAAGCUUAAAUACCUUCUCUCCAGUUGGGUUUUUGCUACUGAUCACUCCCCCCCCCUCCCCCCCACCCCCAGGCAGUCUCUCUGGCCUGUACUGUGCCCUGCUGCCCCAGACUCCUCAACUCUGGAACUAAAUGAAAAUUUCUCUCUAGGUGGGCACACUGGCUUCAUUGGCCUGGAGUGGAUGUGGGGAGAGCUCUGUGCCCAUCUGGGAAUCCUCCCCUGCCUCGUCCCCCGCCACACCCAGAAAGUCAGGAAGCAGGAGACCCAGUGUUCCUUCCAAUGUGAUUACUCACCACAAACAUCACAUCAGAAUGAAAAUGAAAUUGUUUUGAUGCUGAUGUUUCGCAGCACCCCUUCCCCGUCCAGCCCACCCUCCUCUCCACAUCUACGAGACUCUUCUGUGAAGCGGAGAAGAGUUUUGACAACUGACUCCUUCCAUUAAAUUAAUAAGUACUGACCUCCUAAUAUUUAAGUGUUUACUAUCUAUUGCUGUAAAGUUUUGUAUAUUUUGUAAACUUUUUUUCCCAAAUAGUAGAAGUCUAAAAUGGUUGUACAUCUGAUUCUUUUAUAUUCCAUUGUUCGGCACAAAGUGUGGUUUUUAUUUAGAAUAAAAAAAUCAGACUGGAA